AUGGCAACCUACAGUGAUCAGAAUGGCAGAAAUGGACUUCACAUGGGCAUGAAGGAGCUGAUUGAAGGGAAAGAAUGUGAGGAAAAGCUCGAAGCUCAACGCUCCCCAACGGAUUUGCACCACUCUGCCAGCUCAAAUGAAAGUAACGCAAGUGGUGUUGCCAGUUUCACCACUAACCACAACUCCGUUGUGUGCCUGCCUCUUGUAUCAGAGGGGCUAAAAUUGGUAUGGACACAGUCAGAUCAAACCCGUGAACUUGACACAGUCCCAGAGCUUGUCCAAGCCUUUAACUUAUUUCCAUAUCCAUCAUCCCAUGAAAUCAACACCCUUGCCCGUGUAUGUGCCUUGCCACUGGAUAAAGUUAAAGUGUGGUUUAUGGUACAAAGGAUCAAAUAUGGUAUCAGCUGGUCUUCAGAGGAAAUACAGGAGACGCGGCGAAAGCUAGAAGUGCCUGAGCUUUGUGAUGACUCUUCUGAAGUAACCGAGGAGGUCAAGUUGAAGGGCAAAAGGAAAAGCUGUGAGGAACUGGUCAUUGAAGAUGACGAAAGUGAUGAAGUUGAGAUUGUGCUCCCCAUCUCCCCUCCUCCAAAAAAGAAACCAAACUCGGAGUCACCAAAUUCAUAUAAAUUAUCCAAACCCACUGCCCCAUGUUUCAGUUCCACCCUCCCUCCUCCUCAGGAUUCUUAUUUCUACCACCCACCAGUAGACACACCAGCUGACACACCGGCAAGCACAGCUGAUGACAUCUCUCUCGAUCUUUCAUUGUCAUCACAACAGAGUCGCCAUGGGCGCUACAAAAAGACAAAGGUUCAACUUGCAGCCCUUCGAAAGAGCUUUCUAAGAGAGAACUGGCCCGCAGAGGCAGAGCUCAGACGUUUGCAAGAAGAGACUGGUCUGAGCCGUAAUGACAUUCGUAAAUGGUUCAGUGACAGCCGCUAUCAGCUUAGGGUUGGCCGAGGGAGCCUGGCAGCAGCCCAAAACUUCUCUCAACAGACUGCUAUUGGAAGUAAACAAGAUCAACAAAGCCAACCUCUUUCACUCGUUACCCAAAAGCCUCGUCAACAAAACGGGCUAAAGGGCCAUGAAGGAGUCCGUAAUAAUGGGGUCAAAAAUUCCCAUUUCUUUCAGACCUUUCUGUCCAACAGUCUAGAAGCAUUUGGAGAAAGGGUCCUUGAUACAGACAAUUAUGUUGUGAUGGAAGAGCUGUGUGUUGAUGGGGACAGUAAAGAUAGUCAAGAUGAGGAACAACAUGAAGAACAACCCAUCCAGCUGAUCAAGAUCUGCAAGAUUGAGCCAGAUGUUUCUCAGGGGCAGUCAGAAAUACUGAAAUCCUCCCCCUGCUCCACUCCAUCUGGCAGCCCACCACUGAGUACAUCACCCAGUAAACCUCUUUCAAAGAGUAUCAGCACAUCAAAGAAGUCAGCCCACUCAGCCAAAGCCAGCCCCUCACAAACGCCUGUUCGCACAACAGGCGCCUCUUCAUCUGCAUCCUCAUCCCCUGCGCUUACUCCUGCUGGGCGACCAAGAAAAACCAAGGAGCAGUUGGACGUGUUAAAGCAGCACUUCUUACGCUGCCAGUGGCCCAAGAGUGAAGAUUAUACUGAGCUUGUAAAGCUUACAGGUUUACCCCGUGCAGACGUUAUUCAGUGGUUUGGGGACACGCGGUAUGCCGUUAAAAAUGGCCAACUACGCUGGGUGAAGGAGGUCCGCGACCAGUUCCUGGCAGAACUAGCAGCUCAGCAAAGCAACAGUGGUUUGACCAAUGGGAGUGGCUCGGGGACAUCCACUCGAGCAGGUGGCGGCCGUAAACGAAAAUCUCAUUCAAAUGGGACAAGUACUGAUUCCCCUGAUACCCAGCCAUUGGAAACAUAUUACCUAAGUAAUGGCUCGCUUCACGAAAAAGACCUUGACUCUCUAUGCAAGAAAUCAAGAAUGAGCUACCAGCAAGUGCGAGACUGGUUUGCUGCUCAGGAAGUUUCAGAGACUGACCAAGAACCUGUUGUGACUGAUGAACACACUGGAGCCAGACUUGAAACGAUUUAUUAA